AUGGAGAUACUAAUAAAAGAUGUUAUUGCCUUUACAGUUAUCAAUAUAAAAGAAACUAAUAAUUCUUCACUUAAAACAUUAAACUGGUAUAACAUAGUGGAUGGUUCAGAAAAAAUUGGUAAAAUUUAUAUAGCAGCUGAAAUCUCACAAAUUAUGUCUAAUGAAUUAACUGAAACCAAAAAGACUUUUAACGUCCCCUUAUUGAAACAUGUACAACCCAAAUUUUGUGUUUAUCAAUUAGUUGUGCUAUUUUGGGGAUUGCGCCAAUUUAACAUACGUUUACAUGAACCAUUUGUACGAUUGUUAUGCUCGAGUUUAUCAAUUGAUUCUGAUGAAUUACCUGAAGAUCCAAAUCUUAUAUCCCCUAUAAGUUUUCAACUUUUUACUAAAAAUGUUAUAAAAAAUUCUUAUACUCCACUUGGAAUAUGUGUUUCUCAGCCUUUAAAUGAAUUUAUAGUUCAUACUAUACCAAAAACUCAAUGGAAUGAACAACUAAGUUAUUCAAUUUUAGAAAUAGAAGAUGAUAACGAAAUAGAGGAAAAAAAGGAAAAAAUUAAAAAAAAAAGCCCAUCAAAAAUUUACAAUCAUGAAUUAGAAAGCAUUCCAGAAUUUAAUGGAUUUGAAGACAAUUUAAAAAAAUUCAAAAUUUAUGAAUUUGAUAAAAAGAAUGAAAAAGCAACAGUUAUUGGCGUGUUAAAAGGUAACGUGCAUUUGUAUCCUAUACCAGUUGGUAAUGAAGAACAAGGAACGGUUCAAAAGUUAUUAUUGUCUAAUUCGGCACCUCAAAUAUGGCCAGGAUUAAAAUCAAAUAAGAAAUGUAAAGUAGUUGUGCGUGUUUAUAUAUUGAGAGCAUAUAACUUACAUCCCGGUGAUAUAAAUGGAUUAUCAGAUCCAUAUGUAGAAAUUGUUUUAGGGAAAUCCCUUCAAAUUACAGAUAACAAAAAUUACGUUGCUAAAACAUUAAAUCCUGUAUUUGGCAGGUGUUAUGAAAAAGAAAUAUCGUUUCCACUAUGUUCUAUGUUAAAAGUUAGAAUCAUGGAUUAUGAUAGAAUUGGGAAAGAUGAAUUAAUUGGUGAAACGACAAUUGAUAUUGAAUCAAGAUAUUUUAGCAAACAUAGAGCUCACUGUGGACUACCAAAGCAAUAUAACAAGAAUGGAUACAAUCGCUGGAGAGAUAGUGAAAAACCUUCGAAAAUUUUACAUAAACUAUGUUCAUUAUAUUCAUUGAAACAUCCAAUAUAUACGAAGGAUGGAGUUACAAUUGGUUCUAAAACAUUUCAUGUUCACAGUGAAAAUACUGAAACUGAUAGACAAUCGUUGGCAUUAUAUGUACUAAACCAUUGGCAAGAGAUGCCAGUUGUUGGUUAUCAUUUAGUACCCGAAUAUGUAGAGACUAGAACAUUAUAUAAUCCAGAUAUGCCGAAUUUACAUCAAGGCACACUAGAAAUGUGGAUUGACAUGUUUCCUAAAAAUAGUAAUAUUCCUGAAAUGGUAGAUAUUAAGCCACCAAUUGUCGAACUUUACGAACUUCGUGUAAUUAUUUGGUCUGUCACUGAAGUAAAACUCGUGGACAACAACUUUUUUACAAAAGAAAAACACAGUGAUAUUUAUAUCAAAGGAUGGUUACCUGGUGUCGAAAAACUUUCUACAGACGUUCAUUAUCGAUCAUUGAACGGCGAAGGAUUGUUCAAUUGGCGAUUAAAAUUCACAUUCCCUUAUAAUAAAACAGAAAAUAUUAUUGUCUUCAGAAAAAAAAACGUUUUCGGUAUAUACCAUGAAGAACAAAAAUUUACUCCAAAGUUACAUCUAGAAAUUUGGGAUAAUGAUCAGUUAUCACCAGAUUCCUACAUAGGUUCUUUGACUUUAAACUUGAAAAAUAUGCCUCGUGGUGCGAAAUCAUCGUGGAUGCAUAACUUAUCUAAAAUGUCUCGAAUAAAUUUGUUCAAAGUGAAAAAAACAAGUGGUUGGUGGCCGUUCAUUUCCACGGAAAACAAUAAAAAUACUGUUGUAGGUAAAGUAAAUGCCGAUAUUCAAAUAAUGACAAAGGAAGAAGCGGAUAAAUUUCCAGCUGGAUUUGGUAGAGAAGGGCCCCAGCCUUUGCCCGUACCAAAGAGACCUUCAACUCAUUACCUAAAAACAAUUAUAGAUCCAUUCAAGUAUAUAUUCCGAAGUUUAUUCGUAGCUAACAAAACAAAGUUUUUAAUUGUUUUAUUAGUUGUUUUUGUUGUAUUAUUUUUUCUUAUGUUAAUUUAUGCGAUUCCAGGAAACAUAAUAAGAAUACUAUUUGACAAGUUCUUUAAAAAAUAA